AUGCCUCGAAAGGGUGUAAAGCGCACGCUUCCCAACUCACCUAGUGACGAAAGUCAGAGCAGCCCUCCAAGCCCAGAGCUUGGGAUAUUCUCCAACAAUCCCCGGCUUCCCCCAAACUUUCAAGCGCUUCGUGCAGUUCAUAUUGCGCUUGAUACCGGUACCGAAUACACAAAGGCAGCGUUUCUCCUCGAAUGGGUCAAUAACGGACUACCGGCAGCGGCACCGAUACCGGUCAUCUGGGCCAACGGCGAAAGCUCUGUUCUAACUCAGGUCGCAGUUAGGCACAAUAGGCGAAUGUUAUGGGGAGAUGAAGUUAGCCAAGAGCUGAAAAAGGGGCAUAUAAACGAAUCCCAGGUUAUUAGGCGCUUAAAACCCUCUUUGUUUGACGCUCGCGCCUUGACUCAACGACCCUUUCAGACAGAUCUAUCAAUCGCAAAGGACCGGAAGAACCAACUCAUCAAGAGCUUAGAGUCCUGCGGUGAGGAUCCCGAUGACUAUCGACUGGAAAAUAUCUCGGUGUUUUCAGAAUAUAUGGGCUUCGCCUACCGCGGUGUACUUCAAAACAUUGCAAAGAUGGAUGGCAAUCUAGGAUGGCCGGUGCUCAACAACCUAGACGAAUAUAAGUCCUGGAAGCCUCAAGGAAAUGUUAAAAUCAACGUUUCACUACCAGUACCUAUCGGAGCAAAGCCGGGACAAGUACAGAUGGUGGUGGCGGCAGCAAAAGCAGCGGGGAUUCCGAACCCUUACCCCGUCGCCGAACCUGCGUCGGCUUUAAUUCAUCACCUCCACAAAGCUCGCGACCACCUGCAAUCAAUUAUCGGAAAGACUUUCGUUAUCCUCGAUAUUGGAGCUGGUUCGGCAGAUCAACAAGUCUGGACGGUGGUGAAUGAAAACCCUCUCCAAGUCCGCGAGCUUAUCAUUCCCGACAGGGUUAGGACAGCAUGGUGCGGAGGCGCUUACAUCAACGCGGCAGCCGUAAAGCUGAUCAUGGAUGGCAUUGACGACAAAGAUCUAGUUCUCAGGGCCUUACAGUCGAGCGGUAGCCCGAUAACUGAUAUUGAUUCACUCGAACGGAGACUCAAUAAAAAGUUUGAGAAAGAGAAACAGCGAUUCGAAGGACGGGAGACGCUAUACCUAAGGAUUCCGGGCCUUCCUGAUAAACCCGCGUUCAGGCUCGACGGAGGCGGCAACGUAGUCCUCGAGGCUGAGGACGUAAAGAGCGCUUUUGCAAAGUGUCUUGACGAUAUUAUCUCUAUGCUCGACACUUCCAUCCAAAGCGUCUUUCAAAGCCGUACCUCAGGCGGAACGAUAGAACAGCGAGUCCAGGAGAUUAUCGUGGUCGGAGGCUGUAGCCAAAACCGAUACCUACUCGAGCAGAUCCGGAAUCGGUAUUCUAUAGGCCUAAACAGCCCUUUUUCUUACCCGAUCCCAGUCACCCUUCCCCCGGACGCUGCGAAAGGGUCGGUUACAGUUGCACAAGGGGCCGUGCUGUUAUCGGCAGAAAAGCAAUUAAUCCAGCAGAGAUAUGUACGCCGAAGCUUCUGUGUGAAGCGGUAUGAAGAAGUCAAUCAGCGCCAUUAUCCGCGGGAGAGCCAGUACAGAAGUCCUCAAGAUGGUCGGAUACGCGUUCCUAUCACCCGCUUCCUCCUCCGCCAGGGUCUCCAUGCUCAGCAAUUUUCCUGUGACCCAUUCCAAGGCUGGAAGGGCCUCAUGCAACACGAGGUAGACAAGGAUGGUUACGGUUUGAUCGAGGAAACACUGUAUUAUUCAGACACCGUUGCUGAAGAUGGACUUUGGAUAGAUGAUGAUGCGCUUGAUAUCCACGAAAUGCCGGCGCCGCUCCGCAUUCGGCUCACGCUUGAUGAAGUCCGACGGUUCCAACGCAGAAAGGGGACAAACAAUCGGUGGUGGUAUCACGUUGACUAUGAAUUGAUCCUCACCUUGGAUGGACAUAUUAUGACGUUCAAAUUCAUAAUCCCCAGAACAGGCCGGUGGCCCACACGAGGUGACCGCUACGCAGAUGUCAUGUAUAGAACGGGUCAGUACGACACUGUUGGAGUCUCGCAACUAUUCAAUUCGGCCGAGAAUUAA